UCGGCGCUGAAGAUGCCGCUGGGGCUGCGGAGCAAGAAGAAGGACAAGAGCAAGGAGACCUUCAAGCUGGUGGAGAGCGAGGCUCCGUCUCCAUCCCCGUCCCCCGCGGCGGUCCCGGCCCCGGCCCCCACGCGGCUGCAGUUCCACGCGCAGCUGGCGCACGGCAGCCCCACGGGCCGCGUGGAGGGCUUCGGCAGCGCCCGCGAGCUGUACGGCAGGAUCGGCCAGGCCUUCGGCAUCGACCCCCAGCAGAUCAUGUUUUGCACUCUGAACACUCACAAAGUCGACAUGGACAAGCUCCUGGGGGCGCAGAUCGGCCUCGAAGAUUUCAUAUUUGCCCACGUGAAGGGACAGCGGAAAGAGGUGGAAAUUCUCAAAACUGAGGAUUUGCUGGGCCUUACCAUUACAGACAAUGGGACUGGUUGUGCAUUUAUAAAGAGAAUCAAAGAAGGCAGCCUGAUGGACCAAACCAAAACUGUCUGCGUGGGUGACCACAUAGAGACCAUAAAUGGGAAGAACGUGGCGGAUUGUCGGCAUUACGAGGUGGCCAAAAUGCUGAAGGAUCUGCAGAAAGGUCAGCUCUUCAAGCUGGAGCUGAUAGAGCCCAUGAAAGCCUUUGAAAAGCUGGAACCGAGGUCCAGAGGUGGAGCUCUGCCAGAGGCCAAAAUCUCCAGAGGGAGGGAAACGCUUCGCCUGAGGACCAAAGGCUCUGCCACCGUGGAGGAGAUGCCAAGUGAAGUUGAAGAAAAAGCGAUUAAAAAAGUGGAUGAGCUUCUCGAGACCUACAUGGGGAUAAGAGACAUCGAAUUAGCCGCCACCAUCGUGGAAGCCGGGCGGGACAAGGGGAACCCCGACGAGUUCGCCGUGGCCUUGGACGAAACCCUGGGGGACUUCGCCUUUCCCGACGAGUUCGUGUUCGACGUGUGGGGGGCGAUGGGAGACGCCAGGCAGGGCCGGCUGCACUGA